AUGGAUGCAGCCAUUGUUAUAGGUAAUUUAAUGUAUAUACCUGUAAGCAACGAUAAACCAUUGCUCACGAAAAAACAAUUCUGAGCGAAGUUCAGUUGAUAGUGAUGCUUUGUCAACAAUAUAUAUGCCACAUUAUAGUAAAAUAAUUAAAUAAACUCUAUAUAUUUUCUUUAAUAAUAUUUGUUUAAUGUUGUACCGAUUUUCCCGAUUUCCCCAGUUUUUUCGCAUUUGAUGAGAAAACUGUUGGGAAAAUGAUCUCUUUAAGGUACCUCUUCACACCGAAUUCCUUUCAAAAAGUUGCUACACGUAAAAUUCGGAGCAAGUCCUCUUGUAGAAAAAUUGUCCACAGAAAAUACAAAAUAAAUAACUAAAUAUUUUUGUAAAACUGUUAGCUUCUUCGCUCCACUCAGAAUCUAAAAUUUAUUAUAUAAUUUAGAUGAACGGUGAAAUCUAUCUUAUCUUUUAAGGCAUUUAAUUUUUCUUCUCGCCUCAUUAUUUUAGGAACCGUGUCAAAUUCAUCGGUACACGAUACAUACUCGUAACAUUGUUAAUGUUAAAUGGAAGACCGAAAUAUCUGACCAGCCGCCGGCCGCGAACACCGCACGUUCAAUCCCGAUACGGGCGAUACGAAAUACAAAUUUUUCAGAAACGAUUGGGUAUUUAAUAUCUAUUUUUAAUACAUGUAUUAUAAUUGUAUUUUUGUUAUCCAUGAUCGUGUCCAUUCGUAUUCCAUAGUCGACCGUUUUCAUCGUGCGCGUGGAACGUGGAAGCUGUGUAUCUCGUAAUUAAAACUUGGUUUUACGAUUUUUACAUUUGGGAAUAUUAUAGAGUUAAAUAAGAAUAUGAAAUCGUGCAUUUAUAUUAAUGAUUUGUUUAUUUUUUUUUUUUUUUUUUACUGCCUAUUUGUGAUUUCAAAUCUAAGAGUCGAUACAAGGUAUCUAAGUGUAUAGUGUAUACCUAAAUCUAACCAUAAACUAUAGCAAGUAACAACUACUAACUUGGUAUUUUAGUUUUUGUUAAUUAUAAUGAAUGCUAAACUCAAAUAUUAAUCCGGUUCGAAAAAACGUCAUGAAAAAAAUAGAGAAUUAACAAUAAAUAAUGUAGUUAACAAGUAGUGAGGCAGACCAACAACUUUUGGUAUAAAAUUAUUAACAUAUUACAGACAGUGCCGUAUUUAUAAUUAAAUGGGGUGAUAUUCAGGAUAGAUCCGCUUCCUUUCCCUUGUAUUUUAAGAAAAGUUGUUUCUUACAACUUAGUUAUCCUUUGGGCUAUGAGUGACAUUACUAUUGAUUAAAUAUAUAUAUGUAUACAAUUAUAUUUAAUUAAUGACAUUACAAAAUAAUAACACAAUUAAAAUAACCCAGUAAGCUGAUUUUUUAAAACUAAAAGCUAAAUUGUAUUCUUAUAAUGUAUUAAUGGAUCCAUAUUGAUUAAGUUACUUAAAGUACAUCAGGCACUGUAAUAAUAUUAAAAUUUUUUUAAAAAUUAAACAUUUAACAUUUUUAAAAGUAUUCAAUAUGUAUUACAAACAUACAAUAAUUCUUUGGUAACUAUAAUGAUUGCUAUAAUGCUAUUAAUUGUAUAGAUACAUCUGAAGUUUCCAAUUCCAAUACAGAACAUUCAAUAGAACAAAGUAAUGUUGAAGUCCCAAUUGUAGAAUUAGGUAAUUAUUCAUUUUGAUUUUUUUUUUUAAAGUGUAUUUAACAUAUAAAUGUUUAUUUAGUAUUAUUUGUUUUUAAUGUUAACGAUUGUAAUUGAUUUUAUAGAUGAAAAUGAAGUUUCCAAUACUGAACACUUUAUGGAACAAAGUAUUGUUGAUAUUUCAUUCAAGAACCUGGAUUCAAAUAAUAUUCCUAUGUAUUGGUUAUUUCACCUGCAUCAACCAACUAACAAAAUUCCAUUUACAGCAGACAAAGCAUAUAAAAGAAAGGAUGGUAGUUAUAGAAAAUGGUUAUCUUACAAUACCAAAGAUAAAGCUCUAUUUUGUUACACAUGUAUCGCAUAUGAACGUGAUUCUGGAGUAUUCAUACGAGUUAAAGUUCAUAAAGUUUUAAAAAAAAGAUGA